ACGUGUGCGAGCGUGCCAGUGCGCGCUCUGUGGAUGCCACGAGUGGACGAAACCAAGUGUGCUGUGGAUUUUACUGUAACAAUCUACUUUUCUUGUUUCAAUGUAUUUCAUUCAGGAAUUUAGUAAUGUGGAGACUCCUGUCGUGGAUUUUUCUGACAGCCAGUUUGCAUCAGGCCAGUUCCCAAAACACCACCAACUCACCUCUUGUGACCACAGAGUUGGACCCUUAUAACCGGUUUCGAUACUGCAAAUGGCCCUGUAAGUGCCCCAAGAGUGCCCCCUUGUGUCCACCCGGGGUCAGCCUUCUGACGGACGGAUGUGACUGCUGCAAACACUGUUCCAGCCAGGUGGGCGAGACCUGUAAUGAGAGAGAUAUAUGUGACUAUCAUAAAGGACUUUACUGUGACUACAGCGCUGACAAGCCGAGGUACGAAAAAGGAGUAUGUGCGUAUGUUAGGGGAACAGGCUGUGAGUAUAAUGGCGUGAUUUACCGCAAUGGCCAGAGUUUCCAACCCAGUUGUAAGUAUCGCUGUCUCUGUGUGAAUGGGGCUAUUGGGUGUGUGCCCCUGUGUACUGAGUCCCAGCCACCCCGGGUGUGGUGUCAGUCACCCAAGCGUGUGAAGAUUCCAGGUCAGUGUUGUGAGAAAUGGUUCUGUGAGGAAACGCGUAAACUGCGCAAGACCAACCCCAGACAUGCCCCUGAGGAGGUGUCCCUCUCCACUAAUGACAUUCAGGAUAAAAAUUGCAUUACCCAGACAACCCCAUGGAGUCCCUGCUCAAAGACUUGUGGGCGGGGCAUCUCACUCCGCGUCUCCAAUGACAAUGCUGAGUGUGUGAUGGAGAAAGAGACUCGACUGUGUAAUCUGCGACCCUGUGAGGUGGACAUCACUAAGCACUUUAGACCGGGGAAAAAAUGCCUGAACAUCUACCGUGAGCCAGAAUUUCGGAACUUCACCAUCUCAGGCUGCGUCAGUAAGAAGCAAUAUUGGCCGAAGUACUGUGGAGUUUGUACCGAUGAGCGCUGCUGCAUUCCCUAUAAGUCGAAGACAAUCGAGGUGGAGUUUGUAUGUCCUAACGGAUCAAUCCUAACCUGGAAGUAUUUGUGGAUCAACGCCUGCUUCUGUAACCUCUCGUGCAGGAAUCCAAAUGAUAUCUUUGCAGAUCUGGAGCAAUACUAUGAGGUUAAUGAAAUCAUGAACUAAUUCACUGACAAAGAGCCAUUUGCAAUCUUUAAGAUCUUUUACGUGGUUUAUCAAAGGCAUCAAUUCACCGUGGAUGAUAUUAGCAGCUACACCUGUUGAAAUGGCUUGUGAGAAGAAUGUCCAUUUAAGAUGAAGGACAUUAUGAUACAAGAAGAUUUUCUAUGGAUGUGUGGAGAAAAACAAAUUCAAGAGUCUAUUUAAGUGAACAAUUCAGAGAAUAUUAAGAGGUUUGUUGCCGUCCUGUUUCAAAUCUGCAAACCUAAAACUCAGAAUGACAAAAAACAGCCUACACGCAGACAAGUACAUUUUUGCGAGUAGGAUGUUUUUCGAUUCUUCUUGCUUGUGAAGCAAAAAUAUAUUUUCUGAUAAUGAUAAAAGGAAAUCUCACUAAAUGCAUACACAUCAGAGCUUAACAAUUUAUGUUGAUUUUUAAAUGAUUUUAGAUUUUGUU